GUCGCGGUACUCACUCGAACUGCGGUAUUUUUAGUGGGGAGAGGGGAGACUCCUAGUUCCAAAAAUACAGCCAGCUGAGCCACAUCCAGUGAUGUCCAAAUGUCGCUAUGGAAGAUGUGAGCAACGUCGGCGUGACGGAAGAAACGACCCCGAAGGAGGUUCUCGCGGCCGGUGGAGUGUCGCGGAGUCGCCGGACGGCCUCGGGGCACAGUCGGUACGGACAUCGGCGGAGUCCCACGACCGGGCAUCGCGUGCGGAGGAACAAGACUCCGGAGCCUAACUUCGCCCCGCCGCCGGUGGAACCGGGUAAAAGUCCGAAGCAGAAGAAGGAAAAAGUAAAAAGAAGCCUCUCUUCUCCGGGGAAGAUCCAGGAACCGGGACACAAGCGGAUAUCGAGUUCGGACGAAGAUGAGGAGGCUUCCAAACCGAGGAAACUUUCGAAAACGAAAUCCGAAUCUACGAAGUCAAAACUUGAAGCUUCCAAAAGAUGGUCGGGCGUUUCCCUCACAUCGACAGACGUGAGUAAUGAGGAGGUGAAGCCGAUUAAGCCCAAAACACCUCCUCCGAAACCGUCCUUGAGGACUCGGAGUAAGUCGAGAGGCAGGGAGGAAAAGGAGGAGAAGAACGCAGAAGACAGAAAUUCUUCUUGGUGGAAGUCCUGGCCCAGUUGGACCCAGAGAAUCAGAGGGAAGUCAUUGGAGCGAGAUCCUGGCGUGGAAGACCACAAGCCAGUCCCUCCGAGAAGGAACAGGAGUUUGGAACGGCCUCCGGUCAUAAAAGAGAAGGAGAAGAGAGCCGCCGCGAAAAAAGAAAAGGAGGAAGCGCCAGUUGCCAAGAAACGAAGCAAAUCGAAAAGUCGAACGACGAGUGAUGAAGAACGUGUUGUUAUUGAAGAGCGUAGACGAAGCUUGGACGAAAGUAGUGAUGAGUUCUGGAAAGCAUCUGAUGGUGCGCGAAGAAGACACGUCGAGGAAAAAGUAGAUAAACGAGAAGAAUUUCCAAAAGAUCUGGACACUCCAGUAGAUGAAGAUAAUUCUUCUAAACAGCUAGUACUGGUGGAAGCUUUGGUCGAGAGAAAGGAAAGAGACUCUGACAGAGAAGAAGAGCAAGUGAAAGAAGAACCGAAGGAAAAGGUUUCAGUCAGGCAAGCUAUCCAAGAAAUACGAUCCGAGUGGAAGAACUUUCUCAGGGACCACCCCGGGGAAAUCAAGAGGAUCAGAUCAGCCACGAACAGUUGCAUAGUGAACUUUGUGAUACUCAUGAUUUACUGCGGGACUGGAGCUCUGAUAUUCAGAUUCACGGAAGGUGCGUUCGAGUCGUUCUACAAGUGCGGGGUGAAAAGAGUGAAGAGAGACUUUGUGGACGCGCUGUGGACAUCCAGUCAUCAUCUUCGGGAGGAGGACUGGAAGUCUUUGGCCAGGCGGAAGUUGAUGGAGUUCGAGGAGCAGCUCCACACGGCCUACGAGGCCGGCAUGACCUCCUACAGCGGCCUCAAGGCUUGGAGCUUCUUGAACGCUGUCAUUUACUGCAUCACCGUCGUCACAACUAUUGGCUACGGACACAUCUCACCCUCGACGACGACCGGGAGAGCGAUCACCAUAGUGUACGCCAUCUUCGGCAUCCCCAUGUUCCUCAUACUGCUGGCCGACUUCGGCAAGCUGUUCACCAGAGGCAUCAAGUUCAUCUGGGCCUUCGUGCGGCGCGUCUAUUACACAGGCAGCUGCAAGAAAGUGAGGCGUACUGUUCCUGUACAGGAGGUAAUGAAGGGGGUGCAGAUGGUCUAUGACAUAGCCACGUUCCGACGUCCAAGUCAACUGCCCCCGGGGGUUACUCUGGACGAGGGUAUGCCCCCUCCUCUUCCCCCGCGGUCUUACACCCCUGGCGAGCCCCCCGGAACCCCCGCCCUCAGCACGUAUGCCAUCGACGACGAGUUCAACUUGCCCAUCUCCGUCGCUAUCUUCAUCCUUCUCAUCUACAUCUUCUGCGGCGCCACCGUCUUCUACGUGUGGGAGAGUUGGGGUUUCUUCGAGUCCUUCUACUUCGUCUUCAUCUCCAUGUCCACCAUAGGGUUUGGUGACUUUGUCCCGCAGAACCAAAUGUACAUGAUGGCAUCUAUAGUGUACCUGGUGUUUGGCCUAGCACUAACCUCUAUGUGCAUCAACGUUGUCCAGGAGAAGCUGUCCGACUCGUUCAGGCAGGCCAGCGCGAAGAUUGGUGCCACGAUCGGACUCCGAGUGGCCGAGGAGGACGGCACGGUCACCCCUGUGGCGCCCGCCCCCGUCGAGAUAGCCGAGGUCCAUAACACCAAGACCCCCACACCCUCGGCCUCCUAACAGCUCCCCAGUCUGCCCCACUGUGGUGCCUUGCACACCUACAACGUCCUUCAUCGUCUUGAAAUUUUGUUCUUCAAUUUGCAUCGGACCACCGUUUUGAUGGAAACACACCGUGGACAUCCACCGACCGCGAUGGCAAGAUUCCUAAACAUCCAACUCGAAUUCUUUUGGUGUUUUCAACGUUUUAAGAAGUGUUUAAUUCAUAACAGUUCCCCACCCAGCCAGAUUUAUAUUGUACUUAUCUAAACUGUUACACUUGACCAAUAAUUUUACUCUCGUUGUUGCAAAGUUGCCUUUAAAAAUCAAAUAUAUCUUAAUGCAAAAUCGCUUGGUUAGUUCAUUUAAAAAAUAUAUUUGAUGCACAUCAUUGUAAAAUAAAUAAUUUUGCAUUUCUUAAAAUAUAUAAAACCUGUACAUGAAGUGAUAUUUUUAUUAUUAAAUACAUAUUUCUAUGCUAGAAAGAAAUUAAAAAAAAAAACAUUAAUGUACCUAUAGCUUAAAUUCAUUAACUUUUAAAUCUCUAUGACAUGUUAAUUAUAAUAAGGACUGUAUAUUUCUACAAAACAUUAAUGUUGACUAUUUUUGCAUAAUUAUUGCAAUUAAACGUGUUAAAUUAAACUCAUCGAUGACUGUGAAUUUGAUUAAGGUUUAGUUUUUUAACUGAAGUAUAUAGUGUUGAAAGAUUAUCACCGUUAUUUUUGUAUAUUUAGACAUGUUAUUUAUGUUAUACAAUUAAUACGAUGUUACUUGCAAAUUGUGCUUGGAGGUUGUGUAAUGAAUGUAAAUAAAAGGGAUUGUAAAAGAUAUCAACUUACACGUAAUAAAAGCAUGAGUUUCACGCUUUAAAACGUUUAGCGAAUCUAAGCUUGAGUCAUUAUAAACGAUAAGAACCGCUAACGAAAUUGCCUUUCUCUAUUAUUCUAUCCAACCGGCUUUUUAGGGUACCUAUUCAACUUACUAACUGACCGCUGUUUCAUACUAUAUUUCUAAUACAUUGUUCAUAUUUCUAUUUAUAUUUGGUGAUUUGAUUGAAGUGUCACAUGUAAAACUGUAAGUAAGAUUAUCGAAAGGUGAACAUCAAUAAUGAAUUCUUACUGGCCGGAAGACGCAAAGUACAAUACAAUUAACGUGGAUGGUUUUGUUAUAAGUGUAAAUACGACUGAAAAAAAAAUAAUUUCAUACACGA